AUGGGCGAUAGUUCUACUGCCGCACAGCUGCCCCGUGUAGUCAUUCUGCCGCAGAGGAGGCCGAAGCAGCGUCGCCGCGGCUUCGUUCGGGCUUACGCGCCAGAUCUCAUGCAUUGCGGCAUCGAUCAAGCUACUUUUUUAGACUUCAUCGACGGCCUGAACAAGGCGGUCUCGUCGAGUCCGUUGGCCGACACGUUCAAUCUCAGUGGGGCAGCGGUCGGGGCCGUGCCGGCCUCGGUGGCCAGCUUCCUGCCCUUGACUGGCAUGUCCAUUCAAGUCGCCGCCAGUGUCUACACGGAGAUAUCGUCACGCAAAGGGCAAAAUUCGUAUCUGCUCAAGAUGAACGAUGAGCUUUUGCGUCCGCGGGGCCUUUACUGUCUGGUCAUGGCCUACGACACGAACUUUCGCAGAGAUCACAUGGCACAAGACCUUGGCCCCGACCCUGUCGCCCUCAUGUUACGUACUGCUACCAAUCAAUCAUCAAGCGUCCGGGAAAAGAUCCGAAGCAAUGAUGGAGUUACUGGAGCCUCUAGUUUCCCGGAGGCGGCUGAAUUGAUAUUUCCGGACCUCAAAGACGAUGUACUGACUCGUGGAGAAUCUGGAACCGAUGACAGUGAAGACAGUGAAUCGAGGGGUAGUGGAAGCAGCUUCGCCAGCCGCCUUGUCGAGAGAGCGGCCGCAUACAACGCCCGUCAAGACCUCAAAUCCCAAGUUAAAUUCCAAAGAAAAAAUCCCACAAGUCUCAUCAACCCACUGCUCGACCCAAGUGCUGAGCUUGGAGACAAGGACCUCCGCAAGCAGGAGAAGAAGGCGACCAAGCAAGAGAAGAAAUGGGAAAAGGAGGACCGCAAGGCCGAGAAGCGCCAACUAAAGCAUCCUGAGAGAGAGCCACGCGAGCGCAAAAUACGAGAGUAUGUCUAG